AUGGCAACGAAGAUGAGGACAACAGUCCGAACAAUUUACUUCUUCUUCUUCUUCUUCUUCUUCUUCUUCUUCUUCUUCUUCUUUCUUGUUUUUACCUCAUUUUCUUUAGUCCUUUUCUUUCAUUUUUUGUCUCCCUCUUGUUUCUUGUUUCUUUUUCUUCUUCAUUCUGUUUCUUGGUAUCCUUUCUUCAUUUGCCUUCUUCCUUUAUCCAGGCACCUUUUUCCUAUAUGUCGAACAUUUCUUCUUCUUCCUUCAUUUAUUUUCUUUCAAUUUUUCUAUUUACUCGUUUUUUACUCUUUUUCUUCUUUCUUCAUUUGCUUUCUUUUGUUUUUUUUUCCUAUUUAUUUCUUGUGUUUCGUGUACCUUUUACAUCUUUCUUUCAUUUUUCUCCAUUUUCUUCUACCUUAUUUAUUUUCUUAUUUUUCUUCAUCAUACUUCCUUUUUUCGCUGUUAAUUUUUCUAAGAGUUUUCUUCAUUUGUCUUCUUUCUUUCUUGCGUUUCUUGUUCCUUUUACUUUUUCCUUGCAUUUUUCACAUUUUCGUUAUCCUUAUGUUUCUUCUUCUUUUUUUCUUCUUCCCUGGUUUUCAUUUUUUUAAUUUUCUUCGUUAUUUUCUUAUAUUUCUUCUGCAUCAUAUUUCCUUUUUACGCUGUGAAUUUUCUUCAUCCUUUUUUUUAUUUGUUUUUCUUAUUCAUCAUUCUUCUGAGUGUUUUCAUCAUUUUUCUUCUUUCUUUUUUCUUCCUUGUUCCUCUUACUUCUUCAUUGCAUUUUCUCCAUUUUCUUCUUCCCAUGUGACAUCUGUUUCUUUUUUCUUCUUUCCUGUUUUUCAUUUUUUUUCUUCGUUAUUUUCUUAUAUUUCUUCUUCAUCAUAUUUCAUUUCUUCGCUGUCAAUUUUCUGUCUUCAUGUUUUUCUUUAUUUUUUCUUACUUUUUUCUUCCUCAUUAUUCUUCUUAGAUUUCCCCUCCUCGUUCCUCUUCUAUCUCUACGUAUUUCUCUCGCCCUCCUCUUCCUUCCACUGCUUUUUUCCCAUCUCUUUUACCAUUCUUUCAUAUGCUACUCUUAAUUUUCACUUUACUUCUUCUUCUUCCGUUUCUUCUUCGUCUUCUUCUUCUUCUUCUUCCGUUUCUUCUUCUUCUUCCGUUUCUUCUUCUUCUUCUUCUUCUUCUUCUUCUUCUUCUUCUUCUUUCUUCUUCUUCUCCCUUCUCCAAACCUCUACUUCUUCAUUACGUAAACCAAAUCAGAUUCUUCAUAACUAUAGCUGUUCACUAUUAUCAUUGCACAGAAGAAUUCAUCACCUUAACUUUCUCGCGCAAAAAUUAAAAUUCUUUAAUAACUUCAGAAUCCCACUUAUAACAACAUCGUACUAA